AUCUAUAACCUAUUGAAACUGGUAGCAUUAUAACUUGCUAACAAAAGCCGAAAGUAGGGUGAGUCACUAUACGCCAUUUAUUGUGAUUGUGUGUGUGAACAUUUACACGAAUCGUGACCUCGUUAAAGGAAGGACAAAGAUAUCUUGCCAUUCUAGAAGGCUGACGUCAUUUACAAAUCGUGGCGGUGCGGCGCUCGAGAGACGAAAACCUAGCGCAGACAUUGUGAAAUGUGAACGGCCGCCCACUGCUUGCAUAUUAUCUGCUACUCAAUUCUAAUAUAUUACUGUAGAGUUGUGGCCAUGUACAUUGUACAGUUAGUCCACUGUAUUCUGCCAUACAUGUUGAUUAACUGCGCAUAAUUUUUAUUUAGUGAUACUUGGAGAAAUAGUUCUUAUAACUAUUGUUUCAACGUCAAUAAUUAGUAAUUCCUUGAAAAUGAUGGAGCCAAUAUCUAAUACGGACUUGGAGGAUGGAGAGAUUGAAAGUGAUGGUGAGAAUAAUGAAAAUCAAGAGCAGUUGAGAGAUGAGCCCCCAUUAGUAAAGGUUGAUGAUAAACCUCAAGAUGGAGGUGGAACACAAGAUGUUUACUUUUCAAGAUCAGGUAAGAAGAAGAAAUCAAAGUCAAGUAAAAAUGAGCAGAAGUCUAAAGAUAAAAGCAAAAAGUCACGAAAAUAUAAUAAUCCUUUAGAAGAUGAUUUCGCGGGAAACAUUGAAAAAGCUAUUCGGAAAGCGAUGAAAAAAACUGAUGACGGACAAGAGCAAAAUGAGAUCGAUGUAGAUGAACGUAGACAACAUAAGAAGAGAAAAAAGGAAGCUAAGGAGGGUUCAAGUAAGAAGCGUAAAAAACAAGAAUAUCAAGAUGAAGUGGAUGAAUCUGAAAUGAUGUGUGUUCGGGGAGCCUCACCAGUACAGAAACAGUGUGAUGAUGAUGCAUAUUCAGAAGAGGAUAAGGACUCUUAUGAGUCCGACAGCAGUAAUGAUUCUCGGGGGCAUAAUAAGCGAAGCAAAAGGAAUCGGCAAAAUCAGCGUGAUAAAAAGUCAAAGAAUGAUAGGAGAAGAGGAAACAAUAACUUGCAAGAAGCUGAGGGUGUUUGCAUCUACUACAUGCAAGGUAAAUGCCACCUAGGCGAUGAUUGUAUUUAUUCGCAUGACGCAAACCCUCCCCGUAAAAUGGAGUUAUGUAAAUUUUACCUUAUGGACUGCUGUGCGAAACGAGAUAAAUGUCUCUACAUGCACUCAGACUUUCCAUGUAAAUACUUUCAUACAGGUCUUCCGUGUAUUUAUAAAGAUGACUGUAAAUUUGCCCAUGGGAAACCUUUAAAUGAUGCCCUUAGAAGUAUUUUGUUGAAACAUAUAGAAUCCGCCCCCAAAGAGAUCCUGGGUGACUUCCCUCGUUUAAACCGCGAUGAUGCGAUGAAGAUGAUUCAAAGUACGCAGCUAAAGUUAAAACCUCAGUAUUCGGAUGAUGAUAAUAAUGAUAAUAACAUUCCAUCACUUUUUGAUAUAAAUAUACCACACCCACAGAACUUAGACACAAUGCAAGGCAAUUUCAAUAACGACAGACAAAACAAAAUAUCACCAAAAAUAAGACAGUCCAGGUGGCAAAACGAAAACAGUCCUAUUCAGAAUUUUAAUGUGACUAUGUCGCCUAAUAGCAGUUUGACGAAUGUAUUAAAUAUUAAAAAUUUAUCGGGUGUCUUAACACCGCGUCAAAUAUCAGAUCUUACGAAAUUGGGUAUAGAAAAUUUAGACCAACUUGGACAAUUAACAGUAUUGCAAUUAAAUAGUAUUGGUAUUUCAUUAAAACAAAUUACAGAAAUACAACUGAAUACAAUGAGUAUUCAGAAACUUGGUUUAAUAAAUAAUACUGAACCACACCAAACUCCAUUAAUUAGCUCGGGCAAUAAAGAUUUAGAUUUACGGGUUCCACCCACGGCUCCUGUGCCUAACAGUACACUUGUUAUGGCAGAUCUUCCUGGACAGGAUGUUGAUAUGCGUUUUCAACCAUCUGUAACAGCUCCACAAAAUAACGCCGAUUCUAUAAAGGCUCGUACUAUUCAAAGAGAUGUUGUGCAAUCUAAAGAUAUGAUAGACAUAGACCAGUACACAAAGGAUGCUCUAAAGUUUGCUUCUAAAGACAAAGAGAACAUUGAUGUUUCUAAUGACACAUACGAACAUGAGAGACUAAUUACAGCUUGUGAAAUUAAAGACGUUGAUCAAAGAGUGCUUCCAUAUAUUGAAAGUGAUCCAAAAAUACCUCGAAGUAGUUUCGAUGAAAACACAGUUCGUGUGGAAGGUGACACCGACAUACGUUUCCUACAGCCUGAUCCGAUUUUCAAAAGUCCUCCCGGUAAAAGAAAUCGUCGUUCUACCACCGAUGAUGACGAUGAGAAUAAUUUACUGAUUGAUGAAAAAUGGUAUUCCAGUGACGAGGAAAAGGGAAUUAAAAAGAAAUCGCCUACAACAUCUCCUCAAAUGGGAUUUAUGUCGCCUCCCUCUGUAACACCUGUUAUAGAACCUUCAGCAGUUUUAAGUAAAAUUGGUGAUCUUUCUAAAAUUGAUAUAACUGAAGAAGUAACUAAGCUGUUAAAUACAAUGAAAAAUAAUUUACACGAAAGUACUCCAAUUCCUACAGAAAGUGCGAAUACGAUUUCGUCACGGGAUCCUCGAUCGCGACGUUCUCCUGACAAGACCGCUGAAGCACCUAAAGUCACAAACAAAAAGUCAAAUCGUGUAUCAAUAUACGAAUGUGUUGAAGGUGAACCCACAGAUGGACGGAGACGGACUGACGUAGACUUAAGACAAACAGAUUUUCCACCAAAUUUCGGUGACACUGAUUUAAGGCAGAGUGCUAGUGGAGAUAUUGAUUUACGUUUAAGCUUGCCGUUUAAACCACUUCCUAAUUACACUCCAGCGUCUGAAAUAAAUGGCUCUAUUAAUAGUCAUCCGCCUAUACCCUUUAAGUUAUCGCUUGUCUUUAUACCUCGACCUGACUAUACUGACAUAAAAAAUAGCACAGCGAAAUCACAGGCUUUGGUUGAUCCUAGAUUACGAAAAGUUUUCCGCCUAUCGGUAGACGAGUCAAAUAGCGACAAUGAAAAAGCUACAGUCAAGCCACCAGUGAGUACGGGUCCAAGAAUUGACCCAAGAAGAAAGCCGAAAGAAGUAGAAACUUUAGAACCAAAAACCAAUUCGUUGGAUUUGCAGACAAUUCUCCAAAAUUCAAACUGGUACAAAGAAUUGAGUUCAACACAGAAGAUAUUCGUAAAUCAACAUUUGGCUCCAAUUACACAAAUAAUAAAACAGUAUCACCAGGACACUUCACCUGCGAAGAAGUUUGAUAUUGCGUCUAUACAAAGCAAUACUAUUUUAGGUAAUAUAUUUACGAAUUUGGGCGUUUCGUUGGGUGAAAACGCCGAGUUCACGUAUUUACCAAAACCGAAAGAACCUUUAUUAAAAACUCCUGUUAAUCCUAACCCUUUCGCCAUGACGAAUAAUAUGAACGGGCCUCAUGGGGGUAUUGAGUCAAAUAUGAACAUGAUGAAUGGCCCUCCGAUGGGUAUGGGGGGUAUGAAUAAUAUGAAUCAUUUACACGGGUACAACCAACAGGAUCACAGGGGUGGGCCGACGCCGGGUCUGCUAGGUAUCGCACCGAACAUACCUCAUGGGUUCGCGGGCCCUAAUAAUUUCGGUAACAUGGGCUACAACGGUCCAAUGCAGGGUGAUUUCAACUUCGACGGUGAUCAUAACUUUCAAAGAUUCUCAAACAGAGGAGGCCCUCGCGGUCGCGGGAACGAUAGGUGGAACCGGGGAGGUUCCAACAGAGGGCAAAGGGAUCGGAAGAAAUUCAACGAACGCGGUGGUUGGAAGAAUUAAGUCUGUUAUAUAUUAAAUUGUAAAUACUUCAUAUUUAAUAUUAGGCUGAAGUUAUGUUAUAGGUAUUACUAGGUACUCAAUUUCCCUUCCAUUGUAAUGUGAUCAAAUGGAUAUCAUUUCAUGAUUAUCCUUUAGUAAAUAUAUCUCAUGUCAAUAAGUAAUAAUUGAUAGUGUAUAUAAAUACGUCUUAAUAAUAUUUUUAAAUUAGAGUUACAUAAGCAUAAUCAUAGACAUAUUCGAUAUAAUUUUAUUUUAUUAAUAAUGCUUAAUUUAAUUAUGUUUAUGCAAAAGGUACUCAUACGAGCCAAAAGUUUUAAGACUGAAUGUGGGUUAUAUCUGAAUUUAAUGUUUUUAGUUUUAUUAUGAUUAAAAGUGAAAAUGAACUGUGUUAAAGUAGUAUAUGUCCUUAUGAUCUAUUCCCGAUUGAUUGUACCUACAGCUGUAAUUAAACUAUUGUUCUCUUAUAGACAAAAGCAAUAAAGUUAGAGAGCUAUAUUUCUAAUCGUGGUCCCAUGAAAUGUAGUUUAAAAUACUUGAUAAGGGUAAGAAUCAUAUUUUUUAGUUUUUCGAUUACACAUGUAAGAUGAAAGCCGUGGACUUUUAAAUAAAUCUAUUUAUAUAAA